CUAGAACCCAACACAAUGGCUACAUUUCUUCAGCAAUUCAAGACUCUUAUGUACAAAAAUAUUUUGUAUAAGAAAAGAAACAAAGGCCAGCUUAUACAGGAAAUAUUAUCUCCCAUUUAUUUCGUUGCCAUCUUGGCCAUGACCAAAGCGUUCCUUCCCCUAGAUCCCAAACCUGCCAUUACCAACAUUCCCUUGGUGCAUCCGGAGAAUUUUUCUGUCAAGAGCACGGGGAAAAUUCUAGUAUGCCCUGACACCACCUAUACCCGCACCAUCGCAGCCGAUGCAGCCAGCAUCUUCCAGCAGCUGUUGAGUCUGAACUCGACUCCUACCUUGGAAUACUAUCCUGAUGAUGUUGCCAUGGUAGCAGCUUUCAAGGCCAAUUACUCUGGUAUUUCAGGGUUUACAGGACUGCAGUUCAUGUAUAAUAAUGGUAGCAAUCUAUCCUAUGCCAUCAGGAUGCCCAUUAAUGACAUUGUAGAUACAAAGAGUAGCAGCAUGUAUAGAACUGCAAACGACCAGUGUCGGAAUGGUAAUGGCCUGGAUUCCUAUUCCUGUGAUGUUCUGAAGUAUUUACACACAGGCUUCAGCAUGAUUCAGGUGGCCACAGACACAGCUCUGUUGAGGAGUCACUUUGGCAUAACAUCAAUACAGCCACCUGAUCUUUCAUUCCAACUGAUGCCAUUGGACAAGUACCAACCAGACACUUCAUACAUACAAAUCAUAUCGUCUCUCUACUUCGUGCUGGCCUAUGCUCAGUUUGUCAAUUUUCUUGCCGCCAACAUUGUAAACGACAAAGAGAAAAAGAUCAAGGAAGGAAUGAAAAUGAUGGGCUUGAGAGAUUCCGCCUACUGGGCUUCGUGGGCAUGUGUAUAUUUCAUCCUGAUCACCAUAGUUACAGCUGUUGUGACGCUGAUAGCGUACGUGGCCCAGUUUUACAAAAACAGCAACAUGUUCUUUUUUUUCCUUAUUUUGGAGUUUUACGGAAUGUCUCUGAUCACUUUUGCCUGGCUUAUCACACCAUUUUUCCAAAAAGCGCAGACGGCCGGUGGAAUUGCCAGUUUGACCUCUAUGUUGACCUCGACCCUUUACCUGGCGGUCAGUAUGACCCGGACGGUGACCAGUACUGGGGAGGUGACCUACACCAUCCCCCCAGUGGGCAGGGGAUUUCUCAGUCUCAUAUCCCCCUGUGGUGUGGCUUUGGCCAUUGAUCAGAUCGAGCUGAUUAAGUUAUCUGAGUAUGACAACCGUCUACCGAGUCUAGAAACCUUUCUUACCGAACUGGAGAACAUGGAUCACAUUCAAUGUUCUAUGAUAUGCUUGAUGGACAAACUUGAGUGUGUAGGAAUUUUCUACAACGCCUUGACUAAAUUCUGUAAACUUCCAGCAAAUCAUCCAAACGAAUCGAUGGUCUACGAUGUUCAACCUGGUUGGGAGUUCUGGAAGAAUAUAGCAACGGGUAGGCCCAGCAACAACAACAACAUUUCAGUUCAACAGCAACAACAUUUCAGUUCAACAACAACAUUUCAGUACAUCAACAUAUCAGGUGACCUUGACCCUGGGAGACGCAGAGGCCAAGGUCAACAACAUUUCAGUACAACAUCAACAUAUCAGUUGACCUUGACCCCUGGAGAUGCAGAAGUCAAGGUCAAAUAA